GGCGUUCGCGGUGACCAAUGGCAACCAGCCGCCGGGCGCCCACUCCAGGCGCACUCGAGCCAAUGGACAAGUCCUGAGGUGGGUUCCGCCCCACAGCGCGCCUCAUCCGCCUCCCUGGCAGCCAAUGGGAGGCGCCUGCGCGACCCUCCGAGGGGCGGAGCGGCAGCUGAGGCGGCGCGUCCCGACGAGGCGCGCGGACUGCGGCCUCCUGCCCGUGUCGGCGUGCGCCGCGGAGCGCCGAGUGGCCUCGAGCGCGCCCAACCGCCCGACCAUGAGGUCCCCGGCCGUCAGACGCUUCCUCGAGUGCCUGCUGGGCCUCUACUUCGUCGCCCACAUCCCCAUCACCCUGUGCCUGGACCUGCAGAUGGUGCUGCCGCGCGAACUCUUCGCGGUGGAGCUCAGAAACCUGCUGCAGUGGUACGCCAGGGAGUUCAAAGACCCUCUGCUGCAGGAUCCCCCCGAGUGGUUCAAGUCCUUCGUGUUCUGUGAGCUUGUGUUUCAGCUGCCCUUCUUUCCAUUCGCAGCAUAUGCCUUCUUCAAAGGAAGCUGCAAGUGGGUCCGCACUCCGGCCAUCAUCUACUCUGCUCACACCGUGACCACCGUGAUCCCAAUCCUCGCCACACUGCUGUUUGACGACUUCCCCAAAGGACAAGGACCCGGGACUUUCUCUGAAAAACUCAUCCUUAUUUCUGUCUACCUGCCCUACUUGCUCAUCCCUCUCGUCCUGCUCCUCUUCAUGUUGCGGAAUCCCUACUACAAGUCUGAGGAGAAGAGAAAGAAGAGAUGAGGGAACCCCUCCCGGCCCAGGGGACAUGGCCAUGGGCAGCUGCCUUUUAGACUCAAUACAAAACUCCCCAGAA